AGAAAGAGAUAAAUUAUUGAGAUCAAAAUACGUCUAGUAAGCGAAUGUUGUCGCAUUUAUAAAUUUCGGUUCGUUUAAUCUCCAAGUUUACUUCCGACUAAUUAUUAUUUGUGACGUUUAAAUUUGCUGAUAGUAAAUUAGUUGAAAAUUAAAGCGAUAAUGAUGGUUAUAACACAAAUAAUCAUGAAACUGAUCGUUUUUGCGCUCAUUUUACAACACGUGAGUUCUUUAGGAAUACGAAAGUGUCCCAAACAAGAACCCAUCAAAGAUUUUAACAUCGACAAAUUUUCUGGCCGUUGGUAUGAAAUAGAAAGAAGUUUUUACGUUUGGGAAUUACAUACAAAGUGUUUAAGUGUGGAUUUACAAUUAAAAAGGCCUGGGAUUAUUAACAUUUCUGUUAACAGACUAAACAGAUUAUCUGGUUCGAAAAAAUUAACUGGAGGUUUAGGUAUACAAGCAAAGAAGAAUCCAAGCAUUUUUCAAGUUAAAGUCGCUUCAAGUUUACCAAAACCUGUUGAUCAAUUUUUACCGGGCGCGGCAACUUAUCAAGUUCUUUACACAGAUUAUGAGACUUUCGCUGUUAUUUAUUCUUGUUCAUCCUACGUUUUAUUUCAUUAUGAUCGAAUAUGGAUUUUAGGACGAAAUUGGGACAUAAACGCUGAGACAAGGUUAAACAUCUACCGAUUUCUAACAUUUAGAAAUAUAGAUAACGAUCGAUUAAUAGUUACUAAUAAAGAUUGUACGAAGUAGAUUUAACAUUAGAUUUUAUAUAUAUUUAAAUUUUUUUCGCGUUUAAUUAAAAAUAAACUUAAAAAAUAA